AUCCGUCCCAAUCGGCCACACCGAUCCAUCCCCUCCCUCGCGCAGCCAUAGCCGAAAUGAGCGGCGCCGCUGCUGCUUCCGCUUCAUCUCCCUCCCCCUCCCUCUUCCCAGCUCGCAUGCGUCGCUCUCGAUGCCUCUGCCGCACGACAACUCUGCUCCUCCUCCUCCCUUCUUCUCCUCCUCCUCCUCUUGAUGUGAUCGUUUUUCAAACUAGUUGUCUCGGCCUCUCAUCCUCUCCGCCUCAUUUCCCAGAUCCGGCUAUGGGCUCCGCCCCUGACUCCACUCCCUCCGGUUGAUUUGCUGCUAUCGACCUUGAGGCAUCGACUGCAGCUUCCUGCCCUGCCGCCGAAUUUCCCAUUCGACCGUAGGUAGUUCUGAACUUCUGAUAAGGGCUCAGAUCGUGGUCUUCCUCCCUCUUCUCUGUCUUGCUGUCCCGCUAUUUCGGCGUGACCGCCUCCAACAGUGGUCUGACCACCAACACGCAGACCCUCACCGGUCUCAUCCGUGGCCGUCGGCUUUUUCAUCUGCUUCUGCUCAGUCACUCACACAGCUGCAGACCCGCAGUCCACCCACCAUGCCCAUGGAGUGCUUCAGCCUCUACCUGACCACCCCUGCUGAUUGAGCACAUCAAGUUGCGGCAGCAAUCAUCAUAGAGCCGGACCAUCUCUUUGUAAUUUUCUUUCGAGGAUGGGAUGCCGCACCAGCCUUGGUAGGAGUUCGAGAAUACCAUGGACAACAAUCAGCAACAUACACGUGGGGUGCCAAGGGAUUUCACGUUCCAUUUGUUAGAACAAAUCACAAAUAAGUUUUCCAAGGAUCGCAUAAUUGGUUAUGGAGGGUAUGGAGUGGUUUACAAGGAGUAUUCAACAACGGGGAAGAGAUUGCAGUAAAGAAGCUUUAUAAUAAGCAUAUAGGACUUGAAGAUGAUAAGCAAUUUACAAAUGAGUGCACUAACCUUAUGAGACUCCAACAUCAAAAUAUCAUCCGCUUAGUUGGCUACUGCUAUGAAAUAGCUCAUAAAGUUAUGGAGUACAAUGGACAAUAUGUUUAUGCUGGAGUGGAAGAAAGAGCUCUCUGUUUUGAAUACUUGCAGGGUGGAAGCCUUGACAAGUUUCUUUCUGAUGAAUGCAGCGGACUUGGUUGGCACACACGUUACAAAAUAAUUAAAGGAAUUUGUGAGGGUUUACACUAUCUUCACAAUGGAUCCAAAGAUCCUAUCUACCAUCUAGACUUAAAACCUGCAAAUAUACUGCUGGAUAAGGACAUGGUGCCAAAAAUAGGAGAUUUUGGUUUGUCAAGACUCUUUGAUUCAGCACAAACCUGUACCACGAAAGGAAUCAUAGGAACGCCGGGAUACAUGCCACCGGAGUACAUCAAUAGAUACCACAUCACAAAUAAGUUUGACGUAUUCAGUUUGGGUGUUAUAAUCAUACAAGUAAUGACAGGAUGUGGGGGUUACUUGGAAUGUGGAAAUAUGCCUCGCCAAGAGUUUAUUGAUCUUGUACAUGGAAACUGGGAGGAAAGGCUUCAGGUCACAAAUUCAUCGCAUACAUCACAUGAAAUUAAGACAUGCAUCGAAAUAGCGUUAAGAUGUGUGGAUUCCGACCCAGUGAAAAGGCCUACUAUAGCAGAGAUUGUUGAUGAACUGAAUAAGAUUGAUAAUGGAAAAGGAUCACUACCAGACCAGGACAACUUACAAACCACGCAAUCCAAGCAACAAAGGAAUUCUGAGCGUGGCGGAGCUGAAGAGAGCCUGGUGGCCACCACGCUGGAGCUGGAGGUGGCCGAGGAGCUCAAGAAGGAGCAGAGCAUCGCCAAGCUCGCCGACCUCGUCCGUCAGGUGGCGAAGGAGCGCGAUGACGCGCGCGACCAGCUGCAGCAACUCCACCUCCUUGCCACCGCCGCGCCGGCCCCCGCCGCAGCCGCUCGUCACGUCCAGCGUCACCGACUCCGACUGCAGCCUCGUCUCCUCCCCCUUCUUCGACCCGCGCUGCAAGCACAGCCCCGCCACGCCGCUGCCCUAAUGCUAAUUCUGUGACAAUAUUAUUCCUAAAUGUCAUCGUGACAUAUACCUUUGAUCUUCUAUGCUUAAAUGUGAUUUUGACAUCAUUUAUUUAGAGUUUAUGUGGCCAUUUGCUUGUACAUUUCGAAAAUAAGGGCAAAUAUGCAAAUCUGGCC